AUGCAGCAGCAGCAACAGCAAAGAAUGGCAUCAUCCAAUGCCAGUUCACCUCGUACAGCACUCUUCUUUCCAGGCCAAGGCGUGCAACGAGUAGGCAUGGCCAACGACUGGCUUGCAGCCUUUCCCGGCACGGCCAGACCCUUUCUCGACGAAACCGACGAGAUUCUACGCGUGCCUCUUUCCAAGAUUAUAUCCGAGGGCCCCAACUCCACCCUGACUGCGACGGAAAACUCACAGCCCGCCAUCAUGGCGACCUCCGUCAUGAUUCUACGGAUCCUCGAAAACGAAUUCGGCUUCAAGACCGCAGACAGGGUAGACGUGACACUGGGCCACUCACUGGGUGAAUUUGCAGCUCUAGUUGCCGGCGGCUACCUGCGCUACGACGACGCUCUCAAGAUGGUGCGCACGCGUGGCGAAGUCAUGGCGAAAUGCUCGCGCCAGGCCUGUCGCGAAGGCGGGAGCGAGUACGGCAUGGUCGCGCUGGUGUGCGAGCCCGACCGGCUCGAGAACCUCAUUGAAGCGAUCCACGAAUUCCUGGGCAGCGCCUCGACCGGCUCGAAACAGGACGCGGCAGACGAGGUGCCCCCCAUUCAGCAGGUCCUGAUUGCGAAUAUCAAUUCCAAGAACCAGCUCGUGCUCAGCGGCAGCAUCGAGCGCAUCAAUACCCUCUUGACACACCUGCGGCAGUUCGCGGGCCAUGACCCCCGCGCGGUCCGCCUGCAUAGCGAUAGUCCGUUCCAUAGCCCGCUCAUGAAGCCCGCGGCAGAUGUGAUGCGCAAGAUUCUAAACCCUAAGGGUAGUGGUAGUGGUGGCAGCAAGGAAAAGGAAAAGGAAAGGGAAAAGGAGGUUGUGGCUUUCCCGGGUAAAAUGCCCUGUAUAAGUAAUGUCACGGCCAGACCGUUUCGGUCAAAAGAGGAACUAAAGGACUUGCUUGCGCGCUCGUGCGUGGAGACCGUCCUCUGGUGGGACUCGAUCAAGUAUCUGGACCAGGAAGAUAAAGUGCGCAGGUGGAUUGGGAUCGGACCUGGGAAAGUCGGACGAAAUCUUGUUGGCAAAGAGGUCGGCAUGCGCGGUAAGGAUACGGUCAAAGGUGGCGGGGUGUGGGGAAUCAGCCACCCCCGGGACAUUGAUGAGAUGCUUAAAGGGCUAAAGGAUACGGAUAAUGCUAGGACUGAGUAG